AUGCGUAAACUCGAACUAGCUAGUAUUCGUCGUGCAUCUCUUCUUCGUGCAGUGAAUCUGGCUCUAUUCUUCGUAACAAUGCCUUUGGUUGGAUUUUCUACAUACGCCGGUGCUUGGUUCACUGGAAGUCAGUUAAACGCAGUUGAUAUAUUUAUAACUCUUACAUUCUAUACUCAAAUGCGUCUUCCUGUCAUGCAUGCGUUGCCACUGGCCAUCGAAAAAUUAAGCGACCUUCACUUAGCAUGGCAAAGAAUCGACAGAUUCAUCCAACUGACGAUAAAAGAAGAAGAACGAACAUUGCAUACAUCUGACAAUUAUCAUUAUCAGCAAAAAGGAGUAAUUACGAUUCGUAAUGCUUCGUUUUCAUGGAAUGGUCAUGAUGACUGUCUUUCAUCAAUCAAUAUUGAUAUUGAAUCAGGCACAUUUGUAGGCAUUGCUGGAGUUGUUGGUUCUGGUAAAUCAUCGUUGUUUGCAGCCAUUCUUGGUGAGAUGAUCCAAACGAAGGGUGAAAUCAACAUAAACAAUAGUUCUUUCUCCUACGCGGCUCAAACUUCAUGGAUAUUUUCUGAUACAUUACGCGCCAAUAUUCUUUUUGAAAAGCCAUACGACGAGCAACGUUAUACGAAGGUUAUACGCGCUUGUUGUCUCGAUAUUGAUUUGACCAUGCUGGGACCACGUGGAGAUUUGACCAUCAUUGGUGAGAAGGGUGUGAAUUUGAGUGGUGGACAAAGAGUGCGUGUAUCAUUGGCUCGUGCAUUGUAUGCGGACGCUGACAUCUAUCUUCUUGAUGAUCCAUUAGCUGCGCUCGAUCGUAUCGUGGCAAAACGAAUCUACGAUCAAUGCAUUGGCCCGAAUAGUUUGUUGAGAAACAAAACUCGUUUAUUGAUCACGCAUCAAACGCAGUUUUUAAUUGAUACACAUCAAACAAUUAUUCUCGCUCAUGGUUGUAUCGAAACACAAGAUGAGUUUCAUGAAUUGAAGACUAAGAGUGUGGACAUUGAUGACAAGUAUAGCAAGAUUGAAGAAGAGAUACCGAUAUCGCUGGGUAUGCUUGAUAUAAGACCAUCAUCUGAUGCCACUGAAUCGAUCAUUGUUAAUGAAGCAUCCGAAAAUCAUAAUGUCAGCUGUUCUCUGUGGUGCUCUUUACUUACUGCACCACCUUUGGGAAAGUUCGGCUUCUGUUUUAUGAUCAUUCUUCUCGUAAUUGGUGAAAUUCUUUAUGAUGGCACCUUUUUAUGGCUGAUCCACUCGUCUCAACAAUUGGAAAAUGAUCAUUAUCAUCGAUCUAUUAGUAUUAGAAUUUUUUUAAUUUUGACUAUGGCGACAUUAAUUGUCUCAGUGGGACGUAGUAGCUUCUACUUCUACCAGAUAUUGAAUGGCUCAAACCGAUUCCAUAAUAGAAUGCUAUCUGGACUAUUGUAUACAUCGAUGCGCUUUUUUGAAAGUAAUCCAGGUGGUCGAAUUCUCAAUCGUGUGACCAAAGAUCAACAGAUUAUGGACGAGGUAUUACCCUCAACACUAUUCGAUGCCAUACAACUACUAAUGAUGACUACUGGAUCUGUAAUCACUAUCAUCAUCAUCAAUCCAUGGAUGAUACUUCCACUUAUUUUCUUAGGACCUGCUUUCUGGCUGUUAUGUCGUUACUACUUACGUUCUAGUCAACAGCUUAAACGCAUGGAGAGUGUAACACGUAGUCCUAUUUUUGGACUGUUUCCAUCAACACUCAAUGGUUUGACGACUAUCCGUGCAUUCAAAGUUCAAAAUGAUAUGAUUCGUUCCUUUAUGAAUCUUGUUGAUGCUAACACACGUCCAUAUCUAUGUAUGAUAGGUGCCUCACGAUGGUUUUGCCUUCGAAUUGAUGCUAUCACAACUUUAUUCACGCUUUUCAUUGCUCUUUUUGUUGUUAUUUUACGUGAUAGAGCGAAUCCGGCGAUGCUCGCACUAAGUUUGUUAUAUAGUAUCAACAUAACCGGAGGGCUUCAGUUUGGUGUUCGACAAUUGACUGAAGCUCACAAUUUGAUGACUAGUGUAGAACGUAUUGAUGAAUAUGGACGCUUACCAAAGGAAGAGGACAAUGAUGGCUCUAAGAGACUGAUCGAAGCUCCGACGGAUUGGCCGGAUCGUGGUACGAUUGAGUUUCUAAAUUAUUCACUACGUUAUCGAUCUAAUCUCGAACCAAUCCUGAAAAAUAUUAAUGUAGCAAUCAAACCUUGUGAGAAAGUUGGUAUUAUUGGUCGAACAGGUGCGGGCAAAUCAUCUCUAUUUCAAGGUCUACUACGUCUAGUUGAUCGAUCGAUGGUCGAUGGUGAAAUUCUAAUUGAUGAUAUUGAUAUCAGUCGUAUCACCCUGAGUCAUCUUCGUUCUCAUAUCAGUGCCAUUCCACAACAGUUCGUGCUCUUUGCUGGAACUCUUCGAUCCAAUAUCGAUCCAUUGGAUCUUUAUUCAGAUGAACAAUGUUGGACGGCACUCGAAGCUGUACAACUGAAAGCAAUGGCUUCCAAUCAUCCGGCGAGUCUUCUAAUGCCAGUCGCGGAAUCGGUAGGAAUUAAAGGUGAUCAUAGUCAUCCAUCUGAACCUGAACAAAUUGAAGUUCAAAAGUUCAAGCACGUUAUCAAAGAACAUGUAAUAAAUGAAACUACUCUUAUACCUAAAAUAUAUGAUGAAGAAAAAUCGAGAUUUUGUUUAACAUCAUUGGCUAUUGCUAUUAUCCCAUCACAAAAAAGAAAUAAGUAUUCGAAUAUUUGUUCUCCUCUUUCUAAAGGAAAUUAUUUUUAA